UGUGCAUCUGCAGGGUGUGUGUCCCGGUCGCAGUCCCGCGCCAGCUGCAGCUCCUUGAUCCGAGCCGGAUCCUGAGCGGGAAACACGGGCUGAAGCGGCGGCGGCGGCCCCGCCCCGGGACUCCAUUGUUGAGGCUGCCUCGGCUCUGUUGGCUGCUCAGCUGCGCUCCAAUCACCCCAAGCGCCGCGGCGAGGAGCGAGUGCUGCGAGCCGGUGGCCUGAGAGCACAACCCCUCAGGUGGCCACCAUGAAUCUCUGGUGUCUUCAGCUGGUUGAAGCCUAUUUGCCGUCUCUGGUUCAAACAUAUUCGAAGCCUGAUGAUGCUUCCCUCGGUUGUUCUGCUGUGUGACCUCCGCGCCUGCAGGGUUCAAGAGUGUCAGAGCUGGGAGCUGCCUUCACAACUACCAGGGUUUCCGGAACCUCCUUUAUCUAGCCCUGGGGAUGGAAGAGAUGUCAUCACAGAAAUACCUCCACCUUGCCUGGGCCUGGAGCCACAGGACACCUUGCCGAAGGUGAAGAAUGUUCUGGAACAAUGCAAGACCUGGCCAGGCUGUCCCCAGGAGCCAGCGUCCUGGGAACUCUGUGCAACAUCCAGCAACGUGAGCUUGCAGGACCCUGAGGAGCCCUCCUUCUUCUUGGAAUCUGAGGAUAACUGGGAGGACUCAGAGGCCCUGAGCUCACUGCUGCUGUUCCUGAACGCCCUCAGGUACAAGGCCAGCUUCCGUGGCCUGUACAACUUGGCACUGCUAUGGCUGAGCAGCAUGUUCUGCAGCUUUAGCGACAAGGAGGAGCUGACUGGGUGCCUGGCACAGGCCCGAGGGGCAGCCAAGAAAGCUGGCCUCUUGAUGGCCCUGGCCAGACUCUGCUUCCUCCUGGGGCGGCUGUGCAGCAGGAGGCUCAAGCUGUCCCAGGCCCGGGUGUACUUGGAGGAAGCACUGGGGGCCCUGGAGGGCAGCUUUGGGGACCUGCUCCUGGUGGUGGCUGUGUACGCCAACCUGGCCAGCAUUUAACGGAAGCAGAAGGAGAAGUGUACACAGGUGGUUCCCAAAGCCAUGACUCUGCUUCUGGGGACGCCCGGCCACAUCUGCAGCACCGAGGUGGAGGGAGAGCUCCUGCAGCUGGCGCCGCAGCAGGCGGUGGGUGGCCAGAGCCUGCAGGCCAAGGCCCGGGCCUGCUUCCAGUUGGCCAGGCAGCAUGUGCACCUCAAGCAGCCCGAGGAGGCCCUGCCCUUCCUGGAGCGGCUGCUGCUUUUGCACAGGGACUCGGGAGCCCCAGAGGCUGCGUGGCUCUCAGACUGCUCCCUACUGCUGGCUGACAUCUACUCCUGGCUCCUACUCCUGCGCAAGUGCCUGCCCCACCUGGUGCUGAGCUGUGUCAAGGUGGCCUCAUUGAGGACACAGGACUCACUGGCCGGCUCGCUGAGAAGCGUGAACCUGGUGCUCCAGAACGCCCUCCAGCCCCACAGCCUCCCCACCCAGACUUCCCACUACCUCAGGCGAGCGCUGGCCUCCCUAACCCCGGACACAGGCCAGGCGCUGCGCGGCCUUCUUCACGCCAGCCUGGCCCAGCCGUACAGCCACCGUGGCUACCACGGCCCAGCCGUCACCUUCAUGACGCAGGCUGUGGAAGCCAGUGCUGUUGCCGGAGUCUGUGCCAUCAUGGACUGCCUGGUGGCCCUGGCCUGGCUGCACGUGCUUCAUGGACAGAGCCCGGUGGCCCUGAACUUCCUGCAGUCUGUCCAGGAUGCAGUGGUGGCCAGCGAGGACCAGGAGGGUGUGAUUGCCAACAUGGUGGCCGUGGCUCUGAAGAGGACAGGCCAGACGAGGCAGGCAGCCGAGGGCUACUACUGCGCCCUACGGGCGGCUUGGGACCUGGGCCAGCGGAGGAACCAGGCAGUGGUGCUGGCCAAGUUCGGGACCCUGUGCCUGCAUGUGAGUGCCAGCAGCCUGGCCCAGCACUACCUCCUGGGGGCUGUGCGGCUGUUCUCGAGGCUUCCCUGCAGGGAGUGUGGCCGGGACUUCACCCACGUACACCUGUAGCUGGGCCACCUCUGCACCCGCCAGGGCCCAGCCCAGCAGGGCAAGUGCUACUACGAGUGGGCUCUUCUGGUCACCGUGGAGAUGGACCACGUGGAGAGCCAGCUGCCGGCCAUCCAGUGGCUGUGCUACUUAUACAGCGCCGUCAUGCCCAGCGAGGCCCAGUGUGUCAUCUACCACGAGCUCCAGCUCUCCCUGGCCUGCAAGGUGUCUGACAAGGUGCUGGAGGGGCAGCUCCUGGAGACCAUCAGUCAGCUCUACCUGUCCCUGGGCACGGAGUGGGCCUACAAAUCCGCUCUGGACUACAGCAAACGAAGUCUGGGGAUUUUCAUUGACCUCCAGAGGAAAGAGAAGGAGGCACAUGCCUGGCUACAAGCAGGGAAGAUCUAUUACAUCCUGCGGCAGAGCGAGCUGGUGGACCUGUACAUCCAGGUGGCACAGAAUGUGGACCUGUACACAGGCGACCCCAACCUGGGGCUGGAGCUGUUUGAGGCAGCUGGAGACAUCUUCUUCAAUGGGGCCUGGGAGCGGGAGGAAGGCAUGUCCUUCUACCGGGACCAGGCCCUGCCCCUGGCAGUGACUACGGACAACCACAAGGCGGAGCUGCAGCUACAGCUGUGCAACAAGCUGGUGGCACUCCUGGCCACGCUGGAGGAGUCCCAGGAGGGCUUGGAGUUUACCUACAUGGCCCUAGCACUCAGCAUCACUCUGGGGGACCGGCUGAACGAGCACAUGGCCUACCACCGGCUAGCUGCCCUGCACCACCGGCUGGGCCAUGGCAAGCUGGCGGAGCACUUCUACCUCAAGGCCCUGUAGCUCUGCCACUCGCCGCUGGAGUUCAACGAGGAGACCCUCUACUACGUGAAGGUGUACCUGGUGCUCGGUGACAUCAUCUUCUACGACCUGAAGGUGGGUGGGAGGGGCAGGGCUCGGGGUGUUCCCGGCCCCCUUGGAGUUGGAUUUCCACCCACACCCCAGAGGCCUGGGUUCCAGCCUUCCUUAGGAAUGACCCAGUGGCCUCCCUGGAGCCCUGCACCCAGCUGGAGGAGCUGGCAAGGUUAGCAGAUACAACCUAGCUCCCAAGCUGGCCAGGCCUCACCCUCAACAACUCAGUCUCAGCCAGGGAGGCUGACACAUGAGUGGGCAACGGUGGCCUCUGGGUAAAGAAGGGGGAUUGUAGUCAGGGGGGCCCUCCUGGAGGAGGUGACAGCAAAACUGAGACUUGACAGUCAAGUGUCAAGUUGCAUUUAACAAAGAAAACAGGUCGGGAGAAGGACAUUUCGGAGGACGGCAUCAUCCUCACAUUGAAUCCACGUUGCAAGAUCCAACCCAAAUCCUGGCACCUCCUCUAGGAAGCCUGCCCAGGGUGCCAGCCUGCACUGAGCAACUCCUUCCUGGAGUCCCGAGACACCUUGAAU